CCGACAACACCCUCAAUUUCGUUUCUAUCCACCCUCCAAUGGCUCCCUCAACGAUUCUCGCCGCCCGGCGACCCCUCCUAACCUCUAUCGCAUCCGUAUCCCGUCCCUCCCGCACAACCCUCCGACCCAUCACCCAAUCUCCUCGCCUCUACCACUGCCAGCACACCCGGCCCAGCACACCCACGACAAAGACCACGACCCCCUCCAUCCCCCGCAGGAAAUACCACUCGACGCACCAGCCCACUCCAGACCACGAAUACACCAACUCCCAGACCACCAUCCUCACCGCCGCCCUCCGCCACGUUCCCCAGCUGGGUUUCACCCGCGACGCCCUCACCCUCGGCGCCCGCGAUGCCGGCUUCCUCGACGUCUCCGUUCAGCUCCUCCCCCGCGGUGAAUUCGACUUGAUACUCUUUUGGCUGGCUAGUCGGAGAGGCCUCCUCCGCGCUGCUGUCGACAAUGGCCUGUUCCGGAAGAAUGGACCCCGCGAAUUGUCCGUCGAGCAGAAGACUAAGAUGCUCAUUAUGGAGCGGUUGCGCAUGAACGCCGAUGUGCGGAAUCAAUGGCAGGAUGCCCUAGCACUCAUGUCCCUCCCCAGCCACGUCCCGCUCUCCCUUUCCGAGCUCCACGCCCUCUCAGACGAUAUCCUCGCCCUCGCCGGCGAUACCUCCGUCGACGCCUCCUGGUACACCAAGCGUCUAGCCGUCUCAGCCGUGUACGCCUCCGCGGAGGUCGUCCUCACCCGGGAUUCGAGCCCCGAUCUCGCUGCCACUGAGGCCUUCGUCGAGCGCCGCUUCGAGGAUACCCAGGCGCUUGGGGAUAAGGUUGGUGGUGUGAAAGAGUGUCUUGGGUUUAUGGGGUCUACUGCGUUGGGACUUGGGCGGAGUUGGGGGUUGAAGAUUUGAUUUGAUUUUUUGCUGUGUUGUGUAGCUUGCUGGUUUUUUCUUCUUCUUUUAUAUAUCUUGUGUUAAUAGUGUUAUAUUAUUUACUCUACUUUAUCAUUG